GGGACUUUCAGUCCGGUUAUUAAACCAACCACCAUUCGGUUGGUUCUAUCUUUGGCUGUCAUUCGAGGGUGGACACUACGACAAAUUGAUGUUAACAAUGCCUUUUUGCAAGGUCAUCUUUAUGAUGAUGUUUUCAUGCUUCAACCUCCAGGUUUUGUUGAUCCAAACAAACCUAAUCAUAUCUGUCGUCUUCGCAAAGCUUUGUAUGGGCUCAAGGACAGACACCUCGGGCGUGGUAUCAAGAACUCAAGCAUUUUUUUGCUUGAUCUGGGAUUUCUUAACUCCAAGGCCGCUCCCCGGAUUUCAUUGAAUCACUAAUUAAGAGCCUUGGCCAACGUUUUUCCCUAAAAGAUCUUGGCAAGCUCUCUUAUUUUCUUGGCAUUGAAGUUAUAGCACAUCCGGAUGGUAUUCUUCUUUCUCCGCAACGUUAUAUUAUGGACUUAUUAUCUCAAUUUAAGAUGGAUGCUUGUAAUGGUGUCACUACCCCUCUUGCUGCUAACACCAAGCUCAGUCUCACGUCUGGCCAGCCGCUUGAUGAUCCAGGGGACUAUCUGUCAGUGGUUGGUGGCCUUCAAUACUUGGCUCUUACACGGCCGGACGAUGUGUCUUAUGUCGUAAACAAGUUGUCUCAAUUUCUUCACCAAACACUUUAAUUUUUUUUCCAGCUAUCAAUAAUAUUAUCUUUUGUAAUUCAAACUAAUUGUACAAUAUUAUCUCUUAGUUAGUUAUGCUUGAUCUCUUCUAAUUGUACUCCUAUAUAAACAUCACGUGUAUACUCCAUGGAAGAGUGAAU